AUGGAGUACAAACCACAGGGCGCGAAGCCCAAGAUCAAGCCCCGCCUCAUCAUCCACGGCGGGGCCGGCAACAUCACGCCCGAGAACCUCCCGCCGCCCAAGUACAAGGCCUAUAGGGAAGCCCUGCUGAGCAUCGCAAGUCCGCCCUGUAGCCCCAAUCUUACCACGUAUUUGAGCGCUAACGAGUGCCUACCUCUUGGCACACAGAUCACCAAAGCAAACGCCUACAUGACGACCCCGAGGAAGACGAGCGGCGGCGGCGGCGGCAGCAGUAGUGGCCUCUCCCUCCCCUCCGCCCUCGACGCGGCCUGCCACGCCCUCGUGCUGCUCGAGGACAACCCGCUCUUCAACAGCGGGCGCGGCGCCGUCUUCACGCGCGACGGCACCAACGAGCUCGAGGCCAGCGUCAUGGUCUCGCGCGGGCGCGCCAAGCGGUGCGCGGGGGUCAUGGGCCUCGCGCACGUGCGCAACCCGGUGCUGCUGGCCAAGGCGAUCCUCGAGCGCGGCGAGCGCGACCUCUGGGGCAACGACGACGACGGCGACGACGGCGACGGCGACGACGGCGAGCUGGACGUGCCGUCGGCGCAGGGCCACGCGCAGAUCCACGGGCGGGCGGCGGAGCAGCUCGCGGCGCGGUACGGGCUGCAGCUCGUGGAGGCCGGGUACUUUUGGACGCGGGCGCGGUGGGACGAGCACGUGCGCGGGCUGGAGCGGGAGAAGAAGGAGAAGGAGAAGGAGAAGGGGGCCCGCGGCGCGACGGCGACGGCGACGUGGAGCGCGGACGAGUUCCUGCCGCAGGGGACGUGCGGGGCCGUGGCGCUGGGCGGGGACGGCGCGCUGUGCGUCGCGACGAGCACGGGCGGCAUGACGAACAAGCUGUCGGGCCGGAUCGGGGACACCCCCGUGCCGGGCGCCGGGUUCUGGGCCGAGGAGUGGACGGAGGACGGGGACCCGACGGGCGCCGCUGCUGCCACUGCCGCUGCCGCGCCUUGGUGGAUGGGUGGCGGUGGAGUGGUGGUAUCCGAUACUUUGCGAGGGUUGAUGGCGGACUGCCUGCCCACGCCGUUUGUGUACUCGCCCUUGCGCCAGAGCGAGUCGGCGCCCCGGCGAACGACGCAGCGGUCUGUCGCCAUCUCCGGGACCGGGAACGGGGACUCGUUCCUCCGGAUCAACGCCGUCCGGACGGUGGCGGCCAUGGCGCGGUUUCAGCCGGUGUCCUCCGCCACGGCGCUGACAAAGGUCGUCGGGGACGGCGGCGAGCUCCAGAAGAGCGCUGGGGCCCGGUGGGGCAAGACGGGCGAGGGCGAAGGCGGCAUGAUUGGCGUCGAGUCGGUCGUCGUUCGAGAUGUCGACGGGCGGGUCGUGGAGGUCAGGUCCGAGAUCCUCCAGGACUUCAAUGCCGGGGGGAUGUUCCGGGCCUGGAUCAACGACGACGGCGAGGCUGAGUACCGGAUCCUGCGAGGGGAGAAGUGGUAG